AAGAGUGUUUCAUUUAUCAGGAAGUGAAACUUGCUCAGUCACUGAGAGGAGAAAUGGCGCAGAAAGGAGUUCAGCUGGACACAGAAAGUUUCUGCUGUUCCAUCUGUCUGGAUCUCCUGAAGGAUCCGGUGACUAUUCCCUGUGGACACAGCUACUGCAUGAAGUGUAUUGGAAAAGUCUGGGAUAAAGAAGAUCAGAACCAGAUCCACAGCUGUCCUCAGUGCAGGAAAAGCUUCACACCGAGGCCUGUCCUGGAGAAAAACAUCCUGUUAGCAGCUUUAGUGGAGCAGCUGAAGACCACUGGACUCCAAGCUGCUCCUGCUGGUCACAGCUAUGCUGGAGCUGAAGAUGUGGCCUGUGAUGUCUGCACUGGAAGGAAACUAAAAGCCACAAAGUCCUGUUUGACGUGUUUGAUGUCUUUCUGUGAGAAUCACCUGCAGCCUCAUUUUGAUGUAGCUCAUGUAAAGAAACAUCAGCUGGUGGAGCCCUCCAAGAAGCUCCAUGAGAACAUCUGCUCUCGUCACGAUGAGGUGAUGAAGAUGUUCUGUCGCACUGAUCAGCAGAGCAUCUGUUAUGUCUGCAUGGUGGACGAACAUAAAAGCCACGACAUCGUCUCCGCUGCAGCAGAAAGGAGCGAGAAGCAGAAGGAGCUGGAGGUGAAGCGAGGAAACAUCCAUCAGAGAAUCCAGGAGCGAGAGAAAGACGUGAAGCUGCUUCAGCAGGAGGUGGAGGCCAUCAAUGUCUCUGCUGAUAAAACAGUGGAGGACAGUGAGAAGAUCUUCACUCAGCUGAUCAGUCAGAUCCGGAAAAGAAGCUCUGAAGUGAAGCAGCAGGUCCGAUCCCAGCAGGAAGCUGAAGUGAGUCGAGUCAAAGAUCUUCAGGAGAAGCUGGAGCAGGAGAUCACUGAGCUGAAGAGGAAAGACGCUGAGCUGAAGCAGCUCUCAAACACCGAGGAUCACAACCAGUUUCUACACAACUACUCCUCAGUGUCAGCAGUCCGUGAGUCUCCACACUCAUCCAGCAUCAGGGUUCGUCCUCUGAGACACUUUAAAGAUGUGACAGCAGCUGCGUCAGAGCUCAGAGACAAACUACAGGACAUCCUGAGGGACACGUGGACAAACAUCUCACUGAGAGUCACUGAGGUGGAUGUUUUACUGCCAGAACCAACGACCAGAGAUGAUUUCCUAAAAUAUUCAUGUGAAAUCACUCUGGAUCCAAACACAGCUCACAAUUGGCUGAAGUUAUCAAAGGGAAACAGAAAAGCAACAUUUAUGAGGAAAUCUCAGUUUCAUCCUGAUCAUCCAGACAGAUUCACAGUUCCAUAUCAGGUUCUGAGUCUAGAGAGUCUGACUGGACGUUGUUACUGGGAGGUAAAGUGGGAAGGAAGAGGAGGUUACGUAGCAGUUGCGUACAAGGAUGUUGAUAAAAUAAAGCCUGGAUUUGGAUAUAAUAACAAAUCCUGGGCUUUGUACUGUAACAAUAACAAAAAUGUGUUUUGGCACAACAACAUCAGCACUCCCAUCUCAGGUUCUGGUUCCUCCAGAGUUGGAGUCUACCUGGAUCACAGAGCAGGUAUUCUGUCUUUCUACAGCAUCUCUGAGAACAUGACUCUCCUCCACAGAGUCCAGACCACGUUUACUCAACCGCUCCAUGUUGGAAUACAGUUCUUUAACUUUGGAGACUCAGCUGAGAUCUGUAAACUAAAAUAAAUUUCUGCAUUUAUUUGUUGCUGAAAGUUUCUUGUUGAGCUGCUUCUCCACGGCUCAGAGAUCAACGUGUCCAAGUGUCUUUGCUAGCAGGACCUUAUUGUCCCAUAAACUGAUGUGUGUUGGUGUUUAGAUGGAGCUCUGAUUCUUUUUGUUUAACCUGUUUUAAACACUUUAAAAUAAAGUUCAUUUCUCAAACUCAGCUCUAUUUUGUAAUAUUAUAACUAUAAAAACUUUAAACCAUUGUUUUAAAACUAUCUACCUGAAUCAGGAUCUGAGAUAAUUUUUUCUUUUUUCUUGUCUACAUGUGUUUAUUCUGUAUUAAAAACUAUUUUAAAAUC